AUGGAUCUCAGUGGGCUAGCUGUCUGUGGAGCGUGUAGGCUCAAAGCUCAUACAAAGUCACUCAGGCACCAGGCACUGCCCUCCCAAUUGAGGGCAGGGGUGUAGAAGUAAGACUCCAAGGACUAGGCUGCUGAGUACUGGGAGGCAGUAGAGAUGGAAGGUCAAGCUCAAUCUGUAGCUGUGGCUGUGAGUGAGGCUGACACCAGGGCUGAGGCAAGAGCCCAAAUGGAGAUUGGAGAGGAAUCUGUAGUUGGGCCCUGCAAUUGGGAUGAUAUGGAUAUUGACAUCAAUGCUCAGACCCACAGCAGAUUUUUAUCUGAAACUAAAGACAGAGCCCAAGAAAAUGCAAAUGCCAGGACCAACAUUGACUUCAGCAGAAGAACUAGCACCAGAAAUAGCGUCAGCCACAAUGCUAGUAUUAGCUUCAGUGGUCCAUCCAGCCCCAGUGGUGGCUUCAGUAGUGGAGCUGGCAUUACCUUUGGUGGUGCACACAGCACCAAUGCCAGCUUCAUUAGUGUAGCCAGCAUUAGCUUAGGUGGCACAGCCAGCACUAGCUCAAACUUCAGCAGUACAGCCUGUAUUAGCUUUGAUGGUACACCUAGAACUGGAACUAGUUUUAGCAGUCAAGCCAGGAUUAGUUUUGGUGUCCCACCUUGUACCAGGGCCAGCUAUAGGGAUGGAAUCUGCUCUAAUUUCAGUGGUCAACUCAAUACCAGUGCUAGUUUCAGUGGUGGAGCCAGCUCUGUAUUUGGAGGCACACUCAGCACCAUGGCUGGCUUUAGUGGUUCACUCAGCACCAGCACCAUGCAUGGCACCAUGAGCAUGGUCUUCACUGAUGCAUUUAGCACCAGCACUUGUUUUGGAGGUAAACUCAGCACCAGUAUCUGUUUGUACUCUCCCAACUGCAGAAUUGGUUUUGGUGAUACACUCAACUUUGUGUAUGAGCACAGCACCAGUGCCAGCUUUGUUAAUGUGCUCAACACCAGUGCUAGUUUUGGUGGUGCUGUCUGCACCACCACUGUCUUGGGCAGUACACUAAUCACCAGUGUCUGCUUUGUUGGCUCUUUCAGUAUCAGUGUUGGCUUUGGCCAUGAACUCAACACCAGGGCUAAUUUUGGUGGUGCUGUUUACACCAGUUCCAUCUUUGGCAGUACAUUAAGCACCAGCAUCUGCUUUAGCAGCUCUCCCAGCACUAUGCCACUGCCACUCAACACCAGUGUCACCUUUGGCAGUGCACUCAACACCAAUGCCAGUUUUAGUGGUGCCAUCAGUACUAGCACUUACUUUUCCAUUACAUUAAGCACAAGCAUCUGCUUUAGUGGCUCUCCCAGUAUUCUUGCCAAUUUUAAUGGAGUGCUCAAUACCAGUGCCACCUUUGGCAGUGCACUCAACACCAAUGACAGUUUUAAUGGUGCUAUAAGCACCAAUACUGGCUUACCUAGCACCAACUCUGGCUUUGGUGGUGCACACAGCACCAGUGAUGGCUUCGAGGCACUUAGUACCACUAGUGACUUCAGCGGUACUUCUAGAAACAGAAUUGGUUUUGAUGUUGCUCCCAGCACCAGUGUCAGCUUUUAUGGAGCUCCCAGAACCAACAUCUGCUUUGUCAGCACAACUAACACCAACCUAUGAUUUAAUGACAAUUCUGGCAUCAAUGCCUGCUUUAGUGGUGCUACCAGUGCCAGUUUUUUUGAUGGACCCAACACUAGUGCUCAGGUUCAAUUUUGGCAAUGGUGCCAAAGCAGUGGUGCUGGAUUUAGUGGUGAACUAAGGACUAGCACUGGCUCCAGUGGUGGACUAGACACCAGUGCUAUCUUUGGUGGCAGACUAGGGACAAGUUCCAGCUUAAGUGGUGGAGUAGCCACCAGUACUGGCUUUGUUGUUGGUGGACGAAGCAUCAGUGUUGGCUUUAGUGGCAGACUGGUCACCAGUGAUGGCUUUGGUGGUGGACUGGGAACUAAUGCUUGUUUUUGCAGCACACUUUGCACCAAUUCUGGCUUUGGUGGUGGACUCGGCAGCAGUGAUGUGUUUGGCAGUGGGUCUAAUACCGGCUUUGACAGAGGACUGAGUACCAUAAUUGGCUUUGGCAGUGGUUCCAACACCAGAAAUGGCUUUACUGGCAAACCCAACACCACCACCAGUUUCAGUAGUGUACUCAGUUAUAUUAUUGGCUUCAGUGGUGGACCCAGCACUGAUGGCUUCAUCAGAGAACUAAGCACUGGAACUGUCUUCAUCAGUGAACCAAACACCAGUGCUUGUUUUGGCGGUGGACUGAGCACUGUUUCUGGCUUCAGUGGUGGAAUGAGCACUGUUGCUAACUUUGUUGGUGAAGCCAUCAGCCUUGAUGCAUAUGGCUUCUCCUAUGGCUAG